AUGGAAGCCAUCAAGCAGACAUUUCAACGCUGCAAGGCGCAGGGCCGGCCGGCGCUGGUCACGUAUGUGACUGCGGGAUACCCUCGACCGGAAGACACGCCCGGCAUCUUGCUGGCCAUGGAGAGGGGAGGAGCUGACGUCCUCGAACUCGGCGCUCCCUUCACGGAUCCCAUUGCCGACGGGCCGACCAUUCAGACGGCAAACACGAUUGCUCUGCAAAAUGGCGUGAGCAUCGAGUCCACCCUGGGCAUGGUCAAGGAGGCCAGAGCCCGCGGCCUCAAGGCGCCCGUCAUGCUCAUGGGCUACUACAACCCCCUCCUCAGCUACGGCGAGGAGCGUCUGCUGCAGGACUGCCAAGCCUCUGGCGUCAAUGGCUUCAUCGUCGUCGACUUGCCCCCAGAGGAGGCCGUCUCCUUCCGCAAGCUCUGCACCAAGGGCCACCUCUCAUAUGUCCCCUUGAUCGCUCCUGCAACCUCAGAUACCCGUAUGAAGAUUCUUUGCCAGCUCGCAGAUUCCUUCAUCUACGUUGUCUCAAGACAGGGCGUUACCGGCGCUACCGGAUCUCUCAAUACCGCACUCCCCGAUCUCCUCGGCCGAGUCAAGAAGUACAGCGGCAACAAACCAGCAGCCGUCGGCUUCGGUGUCAGCACCCACGAACACUUCCAGAGCGUCGCCGCUAUCGCCGACGGUGUCGUUGUCGGCAGCCAGAUCAUUACCACCAUUCAGAAGUCUGCUUCUGGCCAGCACGACGCCGACGUUGAGAAAUACUGCGCCUAUCUUUGCGGCCGCGACUCUCGACCUCCUGUCCUCAACGACGAAGUUACCCUGGUUCAGGACGCCCCUGGCAACCAGGGUGCCAGCUCAGAUUCCGUUUCUGUCAAUGCCGUUGUCACUGAUGAUGACCGCAUCACCGCAGAGCAAGACAGCGCUUUGGUGGCUCAGUUGGCAGCUCUCCACGGCAAAAUUCCCGAGCGAUUUGGAGAGUUUGGUGGCCAGUAUGUGCCCGAGAGUUUGAUGGACUGCUUGUCCGAGCUUGAGGAAGGUUUCAACAAGAUCAAGGACGACCCCUCGUUCUGGGAGGAGUACCGAUCAUACUAUGACUACAUGGGACGACCUUCUCGCCUCCACCUGGCAGACCGUCUUACCGAGCACUGCGGCGGUGCCAACAUCUGGCUCAAGCGAGAGGAUCUUAACCACACCGGUAGCCACAAGAUCAACAACGCCCUCGGACAGCUGCUCCUGGCCAGACGUCUGGGAAAGACCAAGAUCAUUGCUGAGACUGGAGCCGGCCAACACGGUGUUGCCACUGCGACUAACAAAAUCGAGGAAAAUUAUGUGACUGACACUAUUGAACAGGAGGAUGUCCGUCGACAGGCUCUCAACGUCUUCAGAAUGAGACUGCUUGGCGCCAAGGUUGUUGCCGUCGAAGCUGGAAGCAAGACUCUCCGAGAUGCCGUCAACGAGGCUCUUCGUGCCUGGGUGGUUGACCUCGAGACCACUCACUACAUUAUCGGAUCCGCCAUUGGACCUCACCCCUAUCCUACCAUUGUGAGGACAUUCCAGUCCGUCAUUGGUGACGAGACCAAGAAGCAGAUGAUGGAGAUGCGAGGCAAGCUCCCCGAUGCCGUUGUUGCUUGCGUUGGUGGAGGCAGCAACGCCGUUGGCAUGUUCUACCCAUUUGCCAACGACCCUACUGUCAAGCUUCUGGGUGUCGAGGCUGGUGGUGAUGGUGUCGACACGGCCAGACACAGCGCUACCCUUACCGGUGGAUCAAAGGGUGUUCUUCACGGAGUCCGCACCUACGUUCUCCAGGACAAGAACGGCCAGAUCAUUGAGACGCACUCUGUCUCUGCUGGUCUCGACUACCCCGGUGUCGGCCCCGAGCUGAGCUCAUGGAAGGAUGCUGAGCGAGCCAAGUUCAUUGCCGCAACUGACGCUGAGGCUCUCACUGGCUUCAGACUUCUCAGCCAGCUGGAAGGUAUCAUCCCCGCGCUGGAGUCGGCUCACGGAAUCUACGGUGCCAUUGAGCUGGCCAAGACGAUGAAUAAGGAUGAGGACCUUGUCAUCUGCCUUUCCGGCAGAGGAGACAAGGAUGUGCAGAGCGUGGCCGAGGAAUUGCCCAGACUUGGCCCCAAGAUUGGCUGGGAUCUUCGUUUUUAG